UACCUCUUGAAGAAGGAUAGGAAGAAAAUGGAGGAGCAAGAUAAAGAAAAUCGAAUAAGUCCCGAAAAGCGCAUUAGAAAGAGUAAAAUCUCAGAGAGCUGCACGUUCGUCGAAGUACCUAAUGAAAGUCACCCUCCAGUUGUUCAUAGCAUGGAAGAAGAGGAAAUUAGGAGAGAAGAAGCAGAAAGAGGCCCAAAAAAGGCGAAGAAGGACAAGAUCAAGGCCGGAAAGGCUUUGGGUAUGAGUGGUCGUGACUUGUUCACUUUCAAUGCCGAUGCUUGUGUUGAUGAUGAAGACGCCGAAGAUGUGGAUUUCGAGGAGGAGGUUGGCCCCGAUGAAAAGUGUUCGAGAUUGACAACAGUUUCUUCAAAUUCGGAGGUAUGGAUGACGAUUUGGAUAACGAUGCAGAAACUGGCAAAGUGCUGGAUUGCAGCUGGAUUUUUCAACUUUAUCAGCAGACAAAUCAAUUUGUGA